CUUCCUUCCACCAUCGCCGGCGACUCGUCAUCUUCAGCGCUGGUCUGCUUCCUCCGUUCUACGUCCUCCACAUUGACCGCCUGCUCCAUCUCCAAAACUGCACGUGAACACUGGAUGCUGACUGAUCCCGGAACGCACCUGCCGCAAUCGAUUUGAGAGAAGGAGCCCCACACACCUGGCAGGCGCGACCCGGACAAGCGAGUCUUGACGGCGCAUGCCACAACCCUUCUUCCCUUUUCCGCACAACACCGACACCAAUGGAGACCUAUAGUGGACACGUGAGAACGCCGACGGAUGCCAUCAUCCUGUUCGAGGCAUGUCGCAUUGGCCUGCUACCGCGCGUGCAGCGCAGACUAUCAGAGAAGGAACGACAGUCAAUCACCUCCGGCUCGGUCUUUGUGUGGGACGAGCGAGAGGCUGGCAUGCGAAGAUGGACAGAUGGUAAGUCCUGGAGCGCAAGCCGAGUGGCAGGCAGCUUCCUCACCUACCGUGAAAUGGAGGGCAAGCGGGGCGGUGGAGGGAUGGAGAAGAGCGCGAACCGCGAUGGCGUGGCCGGCAACGAGGCAGACUCCGAUGGCGGACCGGAUGGAUAUCGAUACAAAGCAGACGGCUUGAUGAAGCAGUCCUUCUCCAUCACCACCAACAACGGCCAACACCUCCAUCUCAUCAGCUACCUCUCGCGCUCCAACGCCAACAGCCUCAUGGCGCCUUCGGCCGACCCGCAACUCCGGCAUAUCAGGCCAGAGAAGGGCAUGUACCCCGAGUCGACCGUUCACGAACAGAGCAGCAUCCCCGCCGUCACUCGAGGGCCCAUGAGCUCCCCUGGUUAUACACAUGCCCCGCACCAAGCUCCACCCUAUGGCCGCACACCGCCGUAUUCUUAUGGCCCGGGCCCAGGUGGCUACCCUCCGAGUCCCAUGCACACUCCACCGCCGCAUACACAGUACUCUCCGUACUACCAACAUCCACCGUAUGCCGGACAAGGACCUCCACCAAAUAUGCACUACCCAGCGCCGGGCUACGGACAACCACCGUCGAUGACGGCCUUCGACAGGGCGCCUCCUCCACUAAGCAAUAACGGUCUUCCUCCGCCCCCUCCCCAAUACGGAGCACCCAUGCCGCCGCAAUCAGGCUAUCACAACGGCUAUCCCUACCCAACCGGCUACCCUCCCUACCACGCUCCACCUCCCCCAAAUGCGACAUACCCUCCACCACCUCCUGCACCCACGUACGAGACGAAAGCGCCGGCCCCAGGCGCUCCGGAGGAAUCGAAUUCCGCACGAACAGAGAAUCGCAACGAGAGGCCGCCAUCGCAAGCCAAACCCGAAGACGGGCCAUCGACGAGCAGUCCGCAAGCCCAGGCGGGCGCAUCGGGGCCUGCGACAUCCGGCCAGACCAUUCCCAGCAUAUCGGCGAUGCUCAACAGCGGGGAGAACGGGCAGCCACCGCCUCGCACGAGCAGCAAGAGCCCUCAAAACACCUCGACCCCACAAGACAUUCCCAUUUACAAGCUCGGAUUCGAGGCCAACAGGGACGUGCAAGCGCUGCGAAAUCUGGACAAGUCGACGUUCAAGUACAACUAGUAGUUAUCGACACUGUGGACGAUUGGACUUUUCCUGCUUUAUCGAACACUUUUACGGCCUGUUUGCUGCUUCUAUGAUACCAAGGCGUUUGCUACUUUACAAUGCUUCUUCCGGGGUAGGGUUUCCAAGAGACUAGUACGGCGCUGUGGGCUGCUGUAGAGAAAGAGAGAGACAAAUACAUGAUUAACGACUCGCGGGGUUAUAUCGGGGUGGGGGUGUCGAGAGAUUGAGUAUUUGUACAGAGUCACAUGUUGCUGCCUUACUCCAUACGCAAGACU